AUGGCGCCGGCCAAGCUUGACCAUAAGAAGCGGAAGAGAUCUACAGUCUCCGAGAAACGUACCAACGUCGAGGAUGAGGAGAUAACGGAUCCAUCUUCCAAUGAUGAGGGCAGUGAUGCCGAAAAAGGACUGGAGGGUGUGGACGAGGACGAAGAAAUAGAUUCAGAUGAGGAAUUUCUACAGGAAAAUGCUACGGAUAAAAGACGUCGUUUGGCCAAGCAGUACUUAGAAAACCUGCAAACGGACGCUAAUGAGAUUGCACAAGAAGCUCAAGAAAGGCAAGCACAAUACGCUGGUGUAGAUGCGGAGGCAGACUAUAAUAACUUCGAUGCUCGUGAUUUAGAUCGCGAGAUUAUAGCCUCUAGAUUGAAGCAAGAUGUUGCAGAGCAACACGGGCGGAUCUACAGGUUCAUCGGCGAAAAACUACUUGUUUCAGAGGCGAAGACUUCUUUCAGUAGGGUUGGUGAAAAAAGUUUGACCUCCAUAAGUUGCUUUCAACCCGUAAUCAACAAAUUUUCCCAUGAUGUUUCUCAGAAUAAGAAUAGCGGGAAACUUUUCGCAUACACCGUUAGCAAAGACAUGUGUUUGACCAAGUAUGAUAUUACAGACUUCAAUGCCAGGCCCAAAAAAUUAAAGUUCACCAAAGGUGGCCGUCGAUACAUACCUGAAAGCAAGUUCGAGUACGAGAAUACCACGGAAGGUCAUUACGAUGAGAUUUUAACCCUUGCGGCUUCUCCAGACGGAAAAUACGUCAUUACCGGCGGGAGGGAUAGAAAGCUGAUUGUUUGGAGUGCAGAAUCAUUAGCACCUGUUAAGGUCAUUCCAACCAAAGAUAGAAGAGGUGAGGUUUUUUCCUUGGCAUUCCGCAAAAACUCCGACCAGCUUUAUGCUGCAUGUGGAGAUUUCAAGAUUAGGACAUACUCUAUCAACCAGUUCUCUCAACUUGAGAUCCUUUAUGGUCAUCAGGACCUUGUCGUAGACAUAUCUGCUCUUGGCAUGGAACGAUGCGUCACAGUUGGUUCCCGCGACCGUACUGCGAUGCUUUGGAAGAUUGCAGAUGAGACAAGACUUACAUUUAGAGGCGGUGAUGAUCCGCAGAGACUGUUGAAGAAAUGGAUAAAACAAAACUCUCAAAGGACGGACGACGGCGAGGAAAUAUUGCCUCCAUCAGACCAAGAACCUGUAUUUUACGGAGAAGGAAGUAUUGAUUGUGUGUCUAUGAUCGAUGAUUCGCACUUUGUAACGGGCUCAGAUAAUGGAAAUAUCUCGUUGUGGUCAUUAUCCAAGAAAAAACCAGUGUUUACUCAGCGCUGUGCACACGGAGUAAUUCCUCUUCCCGAGUCUACUAAAAUCUCGGCGGAGGUUGAUGACGACAAGCGUCAAAGGCAAUUUCAAGAUAAGAAGAUAACAAAACCAUACUGGAUUACAGCUCUGCAUGCAAUUCCUUACUCAAAUACUUUCAUUUCGGGUUCCUGGGACGGGAAGUUGAAGGUGUGGAAACUUACAGAAAACUUGAGGGAGGUCGAACUGAUAGGUGAACUAUCUGGGUGCAAUGGUGUAGUGACGAACAUUCAAGUCGUAGAAAGCGGAAAACAUGGUAGAGAAACAUUCCGCGUACUGGCAAGUGUUAGUAAAGAACACAGGCUAGGGAGGUGGAUGAGUCACCUUCCUGGGGCCAGGAAUGGUGUAUUUUCUGCAACUAUUGAACAAACUGGAUUUUAA